UGUCAUUCUUAUUCGCUCUUGAUAUAGUGCUAGUGUUAAGGUCUCUCUUGAUCGAUCUUCUGCUCGCCUAGGGAGACUUCCGCUUCACUCAAUUCCCGAAAAAUGAAAAUUGUCGUGAGAGAUUCGACCUUCGUCCCUCCAUCUAGUGAGAUGCCUCGACAAGGGCUAUGGCUCUCAAAGUUGGACCGUGCAAUGGUCAGUGCUCAUGUCCCGUGCGUCUACUUUUACAGACCAAACGGUAGCAGCAAUUUCUUCGACACUAAAGUGAUGAAAGAAUCUUUGGGAAGAGCCCUCAUUCCCUUCUAUCCUUUCGCUGGAAGACUACGUCGCCGCGAGGAUGGUCCAUUAGAGAUCAACUGCAACGGAGAUGGCGUUCUCUUUGUGGAGGCAGAUGCAGAGGGUGAGAUAGAUGAUUUUGGAGACUUCGCUCCCUCCAUGGAGCUCAGGCAGCUGAUCCCUAAAGUUGACUACCAAAAUCAAGACAUCUCCUCCUACCCUCUCCUCAUGCUUCAGGUCACAUUCUUCAAAUGCGGAGGAGUCUGUCUCGGGGUUGGUAUGCAUCAUUUGGUGGUGGAUGCAUGUGGGUUCAUACAUUUCAUGAACUCUUGGUCUGAUGUGGCUCGGGGCAUGGAGGUAAUUUGCCCCCCAAUCGUAGAGCGGACCAUCUUAAGGGCAAGGAACCCACCAAGGCCCGCCUUUGAGCACCCAGAGUACAAGGCACCAGAACGGAGGGUACUUGCAGAGGUUCCGUUGGAGCAAAAACUCCUAAAUACCCCAAUCUCUGGGGCAAUUUUCAAAUUCAGCAGAGAUCAACUGGUCAGGCUCAAGGAGAAGGUCAAGGAAGGUGACAAUAGCACUACCAGGUAUACUACAUUUAACAGCCUGGCUGUGCACAUCUGGAGGUGUGUUUGCCUGGCCAGAGGCCUUGAUGAUCUGCAGCUCACCAAGUUAAAGGUUUCCGUAGAUGGCCGGAAAAGACUCCGGCCGGAGAUCCCAAACCAUUACUUCGGGAAUGUGGUCUACACUAUGGUUGUGCCACUGGUCUCCGGCGAUCUCAAAUCGCAACCUAUGCAUUAUGCUGCCAGCAAGGUCCACGAUGCGUUGCUUAGGAUGGAUGACGAUUACUUGCGGUCGGCACUCGACUACCUCGAGCAGCAGCCCGACCUGGGUGAAUUGUUUGAUAGGGCUGCCCUCCAAAGAAGGUCGGAUUUGAGCAUUAAUAGUUGGGCCAGGCUGCCGGUCCACGAUGCUGAUUUUGGGUGGGGAAAACCCAUCUAUAUGGGAACCGUGUUCCUAACAGUCGAUGGAAUGGGGUUGGUUUUGCCUAGCCCUUCCGAUGAUGGCAGCCUUUCGGUAGUGAUCACCUUGCAAACUGACACGAUGAGAUCUCUCGAAAAGUUGAUUUACGAUAUAUGAAUCUUGCUCCUUGCUUUCCUGGAUCUUAUGAUCACGUCUUUGGAUUGGUACUCUUCCUUGUGUGGAUCUUGCCUCCACGUGAAAACGAUGUAUCCCCAGCUACUUUCUUCUUGUUUAUGUCCUAUUUGCUUUGCCUUAACUUGUUUGUUUUUCCUCUUCUUCCUGUUUGAAGUGGUAGAUGCCACAAACAAAUAAAUAGCCUUGAUUUCA